AGGUCAUUUUUCCGGCUUCACGAAUCACGACGAAGCUGAGCCCCACAGCGUUCCUCAACCAGUGUGAUCCGAGUGUUAGCUCCACUCUGCAAGAAAGAUGAGGUCUUAUCUUUACAUUGGGACUUUGGUGCUUGCAGUAGCUAUAUUCCAAAACACUGGCCCGGCAUCAUGUGCUGAAUCAAUUGUCCAUUCACGCUCCAAGCGCAGCCUUGUUCAGUUUGGACUCAUGAUCAAGUGCACCACUGGCCGCAGCGCUUUCGACUACAACGGCUAUGGGUGUUGGUGCGGCAAGGGCGGAAGUGGUAGAGCAGUAGAUGCCACCGACAGGUGCUGCCUUAUACAUGAUCGCUGCUACGACGCUGUAAUAAGAGACAGGGUUUGCCCUUGGGGUAUCAAUGUUUACACAACUGUUUACUUUCGUAAAGGUUGCAACGUGUGCAACCCCCCAGGUAAGAUCUUCGGCAAGACCAACAACCCCUGUCAGUACCGGAUCUGUCAGUGUGACAGCGCUGCCGUGAGGUGCUUCAAACGCAGCUAUUACAAUAACAGAUACAAGGACUACAACAAGAACAAGUACUGCCGAAAGAACCGUAAUUUUCGAUAAUUUUAAUUUUCAAUUCAUUUCCAAUAGUUCCUUUCACAGCUACGGCCUUUUGAGAGGUAACCAUGCCCUAGAAUGAACAAUUAAUCUUUAGAUGGCAUCUAAUUAAUUGUUUUAGCCAUCUCUGAAGGUUUGGUUCUCACUAAGACGCAAGCGCAACUUACUAGAACCCAAUCGCAAGCAAGAGAACGUGUGUUUGACCAACUCUCACUUGUGUUGCGCUUUUUCUUGCAUUUGCUUUAGCGCUUGAGUUCUAAUGAGAACCAUUCUUAACAGUACCUGGUAAAUAUUUUCCUCCUAAGCAAGAGCAUCUGCCUCUCAUGAUUUGAACAUGAUAUUUUGAAAUGGAGCAUUAAUGUAGAAAAUAAAUAAAUCAAUAUCAAUCAAUA